CAACGAUACCUUGGCAUGAAGGCCACAGAUCAUAGGUUGUUUCAGCUCAAUGUCUUUGAUUGGCGAGAGUUUCGUAAAGGAAAGAAACUAGAUGAGGCAUGGGAUGCAAUCAGGAGAACUAUUGAUUGGUCAGACCCCGAAACUCAAAGAAAGAGUGGGAGGAUAAGGUUUGUGCUGGAGAGGAAGUUGAAUGAUCGUUGGAAGACAUUUAAGGCAAAACUCCGGAAAGUAUGGUAUACCCCAAAUGUUGGUACUGAAGAGCGUUUUAAAUGCAAAGAUGGGAGGGUAAGCAAAGAACAAUGGGUUGCACUAGUUAACCACUGGGAAGAUGAAAAGGAACAGUGGCGUUCUAUUGUGAACAAGCAGAGUCGGGCAAAGCGUAGGAUGAUGCACACAACUGGCACAAAGACAUUUGCAGAGAUCAGGAACAAAUAUAAAAAAAUAAAUGGAGGUGUAAACCCAGACCGUUGCAAAAUGUUUGAGCUUACCCAUGUCCACCCUGAUGAACCAAAUUCUAAACAAGCUAUUGCCUUAAUGAAGGACAAGAUUGACAAGAUGAAGACUACAAAGAGGGCAUCCCAACUUCCAGAGACUCUUAAUGAUUUUGAAAUCAAUGAAGUAUAUGUGUCUGUGCUUGGAAAAGAGACACGUGGAGGGGUGCGAGGAUUUGGCUUUGGAGUCAGACCUGAACAAGUUCCUGGUGUACUAGUGCAGAAGAGAGGUGUUCAUUUAGAGGUACAAGCAAUGAGAGAACAACAUGAGGCUGAGAUUGAAACGAUUCGGAAGGAGAGCCAAGAAAAGGAAGAUAAGCUUAGGGAAGAACUGAACAAACAAACUCUGGCCACAAAAGAUAAAUUUAAAAAUAUGGAGAUUGCAAUGAAAAAACAGGAAGCUCUUAUGGCUUUGUUACUUGGGGCAUAUGAGUCAACUGAUAUGCUUGCUGCAGCUUUAAGAAUGAAGGGUGCUUCUCUCCAACCAUCGAUGAGCCAUAUUCAAUCUUCAUAUGAGGAGAACUUGGAUGAUGUUUAUAUACCACAUUGCUCUGAAGAAUUGCAGCAGCAAGUUACCAGAAAUUGAGGCACUUCAGAUUUCACCUUUUGGUUAGUAACAAUUGUGCUUAAGGCCUCUGUAUUUUUGUUGUUUUGGUCUUGAUUAGGUGGUACCUACGUAAUCAUGGGAUAAGUGCAGAGGCUUUUAAGUUUAGCUUCAUAAGCAGAUAUAGGUUUUGGAUGUAUAUCUGUGAAGUUUGAUUUAGUUUAAUAGUGUUCAACUACUAUUUGAACUCUAUGGUAGUUUGUGUAUCUGUCAGGUAUUAUACCUGGAGUGAUUAAUGUAAUAUAAAAGUAUUAAAUGAAGGAUUCAAUAUGCU